AGCAAUGCCAAGCCAAGCUGCAGCCGCGUAACUCGGAGCGUGCAGUGCAGUUCGACAGUGCUUCUGCACACGUAUCGCAUCACUGUGCACUGCUGUCCGUUGUGAGGACAACAAACGCUGCAACCAAACGCCGUCACGCUCCACCAUGCUCGUUGCAGCAGCCCGGCAUGCGCGCCCACUGCUGCAGCCAGCAAGACGACGGCUCGCCGUGCAAGCCGUGAACCUCGACGCGUGGCUCAAGGAGCACGGCCCGACCCUCAAGCCGCCCGUCGCGAACAAGCUGCUGUUUGGCGGGGAUCUCAAGGUCAUGGUCGUCGGCGGGCCGAAUCAAAGAAGGGACUACCACCUGCAGGAGGGCGAGGAGUUCUUCGCGCAGCUCGAGGGCACGCUGACGCUCAAGACCAUCGAAAGGGGGUCGUUCAAAGACGUCCGCGUCACCGGAGGCGACUGCUUCCUGCUCCCUUCCCGCGUGCCGCACUCGCCGCAACGAGAAGCGGCCUCGCUCGGGCUGGUCUUCGAGCGGUCCCAUAUCGAGGGGGAGAUGGACGGCAUGCUCUGGUUCGACGCGGAUCGGGACUUGAGUGGACGGUGCGACCUCGACGAAAUCGCGUACGAGGCGUACUUCUUUUGUUCAGAUCUGGGCAAAGAUUUAAAACCGGUCAUCGAGGACUAUGGGCGGUGGAAGGAUUCGGGCGAGCCGCCGCGCCGCGUCGCCGCGCCUCCCUUGGUUCCCGACGACGUCGUGCCGCUGGACGUCCCGCAGCCGCUCCAGCCGCGCCUCGAUGGGUUAGAGCCGUCGUCGACCAUGUUGCUUCAUAGGGGCGAGGAGGUCAUCGUCGAGGCGCGCGUCGGCGUCCGAUGCUUUCGCGCGGCCGGCAUCGCCAUCGCCUUCCGACACUCAUACGCCAUCGCCGCAGGCGCACGCGGGCCCGAAGAAGCUCGCGACGGGCGGCAGCCCCUUCGAGGUCUUCGUGUGGCAGCGCUCCGGCGCGUCGCGCGGCGUCGUCGACGGCGAGGAGCUGACCCUGGCGGCGGGCGACUGCUGCCUCCUGCCGAAGGCGACGCAGUACGCGUGGGACCUCGAGGACGGCGUCAUGUUGAGUGUUGCGAACGCGUUUACGUAAUUACUCGGACCUUAGAUUCCAGUCCACGAGGAGCGCCUUCUGCGCGGAGGAGAGCCUCGGCAGCGCGCCCCUUACAACCAUCUCGUCGACCUCGGCGAGCAGCUCGGUGCGGAAGUCCUCCAUGGCGCGGUCGUGCGCCGUGCGCGCUCUCUCCAACGCCUCGGCCGAGACCGGCGGCUUUGGUGUUUCCGCGAGCACCUCGGGCUCGAGCGGGGGCUUCGUGAACGACCGGCUCGUCGGCGGCGCGCGGCGCCACGAGUCGUUGCCGGCCCAGACGACCUGGCUUUUGGAGCGCGAGAGAGGCGCGGGCUUGGCGCGGCGCAGGACUCGCGCGGCGCAGCGUGCGGAGAGCAUGGUCUGGAGUGGUUACUGCAGAACUGCGUCUUCUCCGGUACGCUUAGAUGUGCUUUGCUGCAGUCGGAGGGCUUGUACUCUCCAGCGAGGACGAAUCUAGGACUCGCGAUGCUGUGGCUUCGAAAAAACGGCCGUCGACUUUACGCAGACGACUCCUACGAGAUGCUGCGACUCGGAGCGCUGUGAUUUGCGGCUCGGUGCGCAGCGGCCAG